UUAAGGAAAUUUUCAAGAAAUGACGUAAAUUAGCUCUGAAUGUAAAGAGCGAAGUAUAACAGGAAUUUUGCAAAUCCUCCCACGAUACUCUAUUUUUUUCCCGCUUUAACCAGCAGCAUAUAUACUCACAACAAACAGAUGCCUCUCUUAGUUUGUUGACAGUGAAGGCAUUGCAUUUUUUGAAGUGCCAAAACGUUUAUACUUACACGAUUCCUUCGCGAUUAGGAUAGUUCCUUCAAAAUUACUAGGUCUACAUAUCAGGCUGUUGACGAAGCAGUCACAUUGUUUUGUGAAAUACUUCUUUUCCCUCCAAUCUGCUUAAUUUUUAAAGUAUUAAAUUUUCAGAUACAGGCGGUUCUCGUUUUUAUUGGAUGAAACAAUUUUAAUCUUCAGUUUACUCAGUUGAUAAGUUGCAUCUAACAUUCUAGGCCCUGUUUAAAAGUGCUUCAAUGUACGAUAAAUUCUGCCUCCCGGAGAGAUAUGAAGGCACUGAGUACUGUGUGUGGAUGGAGUACCGACAGCUGGCAUUGGAAUACAAGCCCGAGUGUGACCUGAGCUCAGGUUUUCCUGACUUUCCUGCAUUUCCAGAUCACCUGAAAAAAUACGUUGCCGAAGUCACCAAUGACAAGGAUUUAGAUCACGUUCUGUACCAAUACACUCGAGGCUAUGGUCAUCCGCGACUGGUCAACGCCAUCUCCAAAUUGUACAGCAAGUUGGUCGGAAGGCACAUUCAACCGAUGUCCGAAGUUCUGGUUACCAUCGGUGGCUGUGAGGCGCUUUACUGCGCUAUUAAUGGACAUGUUGGUCCGGGAGAUGAAGUCAUUAUCAUCGAACCGUUCUUCGAUUGCUACGAGUCCAUGACGAUUUGUGCGGGUGGCACUCCGGUUUUCGUUCCUCUCAGAAAUAAAGGAAAGAGCUCUGAUUGUGCAAGUUCGAGAGAUUGGGUCCUGGAUCCGGACGAGUUGACAAGAGCAUUCAGCAACAAAACCAAAUUAUUUAUUUUAAACACACCUCACAACCCCUUGGGUAAAGUAUUUACCUUUGAAGAACUUCACUUAAUUGCUAAAUUAUGCAAGAAGUAUAAUGUGAUCUGCGUUUCCGAUGAAGUUUACGAAUGGUUGGUCUACAAACCAGCGCGACACAUCAGGAUGGCUACUCUGCCAGGAAUGUGGGAACGGACAAUCACCAUAGGUUCGGCUGGUAAAACGUUCAGUGCGACUGGUUUGAAAUUAGGAUGGGCGUUCUCUCCGGCUAAAUUGAUGAAGAAUUUGUUCAUAGCUCAUCAGAACAGUGUGCGUUGUGGGGUCACGUUAAUUCAGGAAGUGGCAGCUCGGUGUUUAGAGCACGAAACGUCCUUGCUUGGUACAUCCGACAGUUACCUCGAAAACCUAUCCACUGGUUUGCAACCCAAACGAGACUACUUCUGUCGAGUUUUAACAGAUGCAGGUUUUAAUCCGUCGAUCCCGGAAGGAGGCUACUUCGUUUUUAGUAAAUGGUCAAACUUAGCUCACAGGGUAAACUUGAGCUCUGAAAAGGAUCCAUACAUAGACUUCAAAUUCACAAAAUGGAUGACGAAAAACUUGAAAUUACACGGAAUCCCUGUGUCCUGCUUCUACCGUGAACAGAACCGGUCUCUUGGCGAAAAUUACGUCCGCUACUGUUAUUUCAAGAAAGACGAAACUUUAGCCAAAGCAGAAGCAAUCCUCACGAAUUGGAGCGGAAGGUCGGAAAAAGAAACUUGAUAGAAAACGCGCACUCCGCAAAUACUCUCUGUUGUGUUGCAGCGAUAAAUCUCUGCGUGUAUCAAUUUAAUUUAUCAUAUUAUGUAUUUUUGUAAGGUUUUUAUACUUUUUUCAUUGAUGGUUCCCUAUUCAGUUUUAAAAGACGACCGAGUUACCAUUUUUUAACUGUACAUUUAAGAUGUAAUUAUGCACAAAGAAUAGACUGUUAAAUUACUCCCUAUAGGAGGAAGAGUUCUGAGUAUUUCUAGUAGUUCCCCAAGUAUCUAAGUAUUUUAUGUAACUUGUGACUCUUUUUGCGAUGUGACAAUCGCAUGCACUCAAAAUUAAAGUGAUUUCGGUCUGUUGCAAGUUUUGAUUACAAAUUGCACAAUCUGAGUAUCACUGCAAAACUUCUAGUCAUUUUUACAAAGAAUGAUUAAGUCAAUGUUGUCCAUUUCAUCUCGGAAUAGCGCCUUGUGCGUCGAGCAAGCACGAGCGAAAGAUAAAUUGCCUAACCGCAAAUCCGAAGGAAAUUCUUUAACUUUCAGCCUACCUCGUCUCGUAUGGCGAACAGCUGCGCUUUGCUUCGACAGAUGCUUUGAAGCUACAAACGUGAUUUAUAUCGCAGCUGAAUACCUUUCUUUAAAGAAAAGUCCACCUCCCAAAAAUAAAUCCAGGCAACGAAAAACAGGGCUAAACAUUUUCGCGAACUGGAAAUUGUUUUUUCCACAUGCCAUUCCGUUCCCUAGAAGAGCACCGCAGCCAAAAAUAUUUAAUUAUUUAGUCCUUUGAUCGUACAAUAAGAGCGCUCUUAAGUAACGAGACACCAAAAAAUUGUAGGAGCAGUCAAUGAAUUUAUUGAACAUUACGACGGUGAAAGUUGGCAAUCACAUAACUCGGUUUGCGACGUCGCAGACUUCCUGUCAUACUUUAUUUUUUAAAGGGAAAACUACU